AUAUCGUGGGGAUGGCAAUUUCAAUUUCAAAGAAGGAGGAAAAUGGUGGCUAACGAGUUAUUUUAAAAAUCUCUCGUGUCACUCGUGUCCCUUAAAAAAUAAGAUGACUUUUAAAAUCACAAUUUGAUCAAAAUUCAAUAAUAAUCAAUCAGAACUCCAAUAGUGAUUUUAAGAGCCAUAUCAUUAUUAGAAAGAUACAAGAGAGAUAUAAGAAUGACUUCUAGCAUUGGUCGAAGUUGACUGAUACGUCUGGAAAUGCUACUUUAGAGAAGAAGUCACACAAGUGGCAAUCUCUCAACCCAUCAAUUCCUAAAUUGUAGGGGAGGAUUAUAAUCGCUAUAUUAAGGUCCAGGCACCUAGUGGCUUCCCAGGCAAACCUACACGGUUUUGCCCAUAAAAAGAGGAGGAUGCGGUGGCGGAGGGGAUUGGAGGAUCUUCCGCUAUUUUCUCUUUGAACCCCAGUGUUGCAUCAUAGUUUCUCAAACUUGGCCUUUUGUCUUGGUUAAUUUGUUUGAAUGCCUUAUUUGUGUUCUUGAUCGUUGGAGGCUACAAAGAGGUUAAAUGGCAGGUGAUUGAAACUUUGAAUAUAUUGUUCUCUGCAACAAAAAAAGCAGCACUUGAGUUGGAGAUGGCUACUGGAUUAUCAGCUAGGGCACCAGUACUCUUCCAUUGCAAUGCAAGCGGACUCCGGGCAACGAGCUCAGAUGUAUCCAACCUGAAGAAUGUGGUAGGCAUGAUGCCAGACAAUUCGAGCGGAUGGAGAGCAAAUUUCAUGUUUAUGAUAGAGCUCCGGAAGAAGAUACUAACCUUUAGAGACAUCAUUGACCUUCCACCUUGUGAUGGCUCGAGCCCCAUCCAUGAGUUGGUGAUGGGAACAGUAGAAGAUCUCCAUAAUCUGUACCCUAAUGUUGUUCCCAGCAAUCUCAUUAACUCAGAAAUGAAAGGAACUUCAAUAAAUCAGGGAUUGGACCACCUUUACACUGCUUUGAAAUAUGUUGGAGAUUCAUGGGCAAAGAACCAUAAGUGGAUAACCAACUGUGGAGAUGAGACAGAGGACAGCUUGGUCGACAACAUCAGUUUGGAGCAGCUCGGUAGGAUACCUUCGUUUUUUUCAAAGCUCACAUACAUGACCAACAUAGCAAAAAAGAUGUUUGAUGUCAUGGACGAAGAUGAGAAGGGCUCCACUAUCGGGGAAGUUUUGAAUAGAUCCUACUCAGAUAGCAAAACCUACUGCCCUUCUCCGGAUACACCAACAUCAGUUCCUCCUGAACUGGCCUUUGCUGUAAGACUUGGUGAAUUGGCUGACGUUUCCUGCUCCCGACCUCUUCUUUUCCCUCUCAGACUUCAGGCAAUGGGGAACUUGAUGCCCACUGACAUGAAAUGCCUCUCAUCCAACAUGUACCCUAAUGUAUCAGCUGCAGGUUCCAGCCCCACGAGAAGGAAAAACAAGGCUGCUGGUGACCAAAAUGCAGAAAUGCAAGAAAUUUCUAAAGAAUCACCAGAUAAAGUAGGUCAUAAGAGAAAAAAUGAUUCCCAAGCUACGAACACUUCACCAAAGAUUCCAAAUUUUAGCUCAGAUAUGAUGCCUGAAGCAAGAGAGUCAGCAACAGUACCCCUUCCACCUCCAAAACCGUUGUUCAAUGCUCCUCCAACUAUACCAACAACAGCCCCGUCACAACCGUACAUUCCGCCUUCAAAUCUUGCUGCAGUGCCACCUCUACCACCCAUUCCACCUUCUAAAGGAUCUGCACCAGUGGCAUCACCUCCAAUGCCACUGAAAAAGGGAGCUGCACCACCACCUCCUCCUCCACUUGGUGUAGCAAAGGCCUUACGCCCCAAGAAGGCAACUACCAAACUGAAGAGAUCAACCCAUAUGGGCAACAUGUAUCGGAUUCUGAAAGUAAAGGUUGAAGGCUCUAGUCUAAAUGAAAAGGUUACAAAGAGGAGUAAAACUCAUAUAGGAGUUUCUGCUGGGAAGCAACAGGGAAUGGCUGAUGCAUUAGCAGAGAUGACAAAAAGAUCAGCAUAUUUCCAGCAAAUUGAAGAAGACGUUCAGAAGCAUGCAAAAUCAAUCAUGAUCAUUAAAGAUGCCAUCAAUUCCUUUCAAACAAAGGACAUGGCUGAGCUUAUUAAAUUCCACAAAUAUGUGGAACAACAUUUGGAGCAGUUGACUGAUGAGACCCAGGUGCUGGCAAGAUUUGAAGGUUUUCCUACAAAGAAGCUUGAAUCAUUGAGGACUGCGACAGCACUGUACUUCAAAUUGGAAGGAAUAGCUACUACACUGGAGAAUUGGAAAGUAAUGCCUCCUUUGGGCCAGCUUCUUGACAAGGUUGAUUCCUAUUUCAACAAGAUCAAGGGAGAAGUGGAUGCAUUAGAAAGAACCAAAGAUGAAGAAUCUAAGCGGCUGCAGAGCCAAAAUAUUCAUUUCGACUUCAAUAAGUUAGUGCGAAUCAAGGAAUCUAUGGUAGAUGUUUCUUCAAGUUGCAUGGAGUUAGUACUUAAGGAACGGAGAGAGGCAAAGUCAGCUGCCAAUGCACACAUCAAGAUGCUUUGGAGAGCCUUCCAGCUUGCAUUUCGGGUCUAUAGCUUUGCAGGUGGACAAGAUGAUCGGGCUGACAAGUUGACCCGGGAAUUAGCCAAUGAAAUAGAGGCUGAUCCACAACCUGAGUGA